AUGUUGAAGAAUUUAUCUUUAGCACUCAUCCUUGUUAUUUCCUCUGCAAGGCGAAUUGACAUAAGGGAAGACGAAGAUAUGCUUUCAGCUGUUUCCUGUAAAGCUUAUACCUGCAAGACUUCAAAUGUUACCAUCCCUUCUGGAUCUUGUGGGGUUGUUGUGAACUCCAACGUUUACUUAAAACCUUGCUCCACCGUUGACCCAACUACAUCAUACUGUAAUUAUACAAACUUCAAUUUCACAUGCACAGCAACACCCACAAGUAGCUCCCUGCAGAAUUACCCUGGAGAGCCAUGCUCGACGCAGUCAGACUGCAAGUUUGGGACAUGCACAAAAUCAGUAUGCACAGGAGUAUUCAUAUUUAUCAUAUAUAUACAAAUUAAAUAAUCUUUUUAAAUUAUUUUUCUAUAGAAAACUGCAUCAGCUAUAAUUAGCAAAUGCAAAAAUCUCUUUAUUAGGCUAUAAGUAAAGGCAGCAGCUGUGUUAUUCAUGAACAAUGCAGCCCUGGACUCAGAUGCUCAUCUGGAGGAGUCUGUGUGGAUCAACUAGCUAUUGGUGUUUCGGGAUGUCGAAGCUAUGCUGAUUGCGUCAAUUAUGCAAGCUGCAAUGCCACUUAUUCUUCAUCUAAUGGGGUUUGCACUCAAUAUCACUCUGUUGCAAAUGGAUUAGUUGUCACUGAUUGUGAAAAUGGGUUUUCUGAAAUGUGUGCUACAGGUUAUAGGAUUUUGCUUAUAUAGAAACCCUGGCUUUUUUAGUAUUUAAUAUGGAGAAAUUUAAACGAAAUAAUAUAUUGUAUUAAAACAGGAAGCUGGUUUGGGCAACUAGGGAUUAGGAUUAUUAAAGUCAGGCGUUAGCCAUAUUGGUGACGCAGUCACCAAAGACCUCCCGUACGGGAGGUUCAUCCGCUUUUCGACUCCAGCCCAGAGGGUCUAUCCCUCUUGCGAGUGCCCUUCCGGUACCUUCUGUCUCCUCCUUGCCUUGAGGCUUCAGUCUUGAGUGGGCGGCUUAUGGAUUUCUGUCUGCUACGGGCGAUUGGAGUAGCUUGAUUCCAGGGAUCAACUCCUUGGAGUCUAUCGGGUGUCGAAGUGCCUUUCUUCGACAGCUACAGGAAAAAGACCGUUCCCCUGUGGCCUGGGCCGAAACCCCCAGUUUCUCGGUAGAGGAAUGCCCAUGGGUCCUCGGAUCCAAAAGACACUGUUGAGCACCUCCAUUUCCAACCACAGGAAAGCAGCCAAAACCUACCGGAUACACACCUCUGGAGCCUGCACUAGAUUCUCGGCUCGGAGUCCAUCCCAGUUCGCCGUAGCCAUAAGGUCUGGACUGCUGCGCCAAGAGAGCAGGUUGACACGUGUCGCCAUUUUAAUGUAUUUGGGCAGCUAGGGACUUGUGCAAUUGCUCCGACAAGUACUAAAACAAUGCCAGUCAGCUGUGCACAAAAUACAGAUUGCUUGGGAACUGAUGGCACAAAUAUGAUGCUAAGCAGCUGUCAAUGUGGCUAUAAUUCUGGUGCAAAAUCCUAUUGCAGCGCAUUCAUUGGAGACACGCCAGGCCAAAAUCUUCUCAGUAUGUGGCUAAAAGCCUUAAAAGCUUCAGCUUCAAUAUGCAAUACAGUCAGACGAGAUGCAGAUCCAUGUCUAUCUCUUAUAGGCUACUUAGACUACAUAACCGCAGCGGAUUUCUACUGAAAUUACUAUUCCCAAGUCCAAGGAAACGAUUUGUGUGUCCAAAACAUCUUAACCAAGGCUUAUUGGGCAUAUGCAACCGAUUCUGCAUAUCUGAUCACAUUUGGAGUCCUCUUAAUUUCCCUUUGGAUUUAA